CGGCCCCGCCCCCGCCGCCUCAGCGCUGCCCGGUGCCGGCGGCGCCCCGGAGCGUCCCGCAGCGCUGCCUUCGCUCUGCCCUGCCCCGAGCCCAGGAGGAGCUGAGUAACGCCUUAUCCUUUUAGGAGGGGAAAAACCUGACAUUCCUGAAAAUGGCAGCUGAGACAUCCACAGAAGUUGCAAAAACAGCUAAACAAUUCGUCCUUAAGGAAGAGGUAAUUGUAGAAAGACAAUGGUUGAAGCUUGCAGAAACAACUUACACUGAUCCCUUUGGGAAAACCAGAACUUGGGAAACUGUAAAGCGUACUGGCAACAAAAAGGGAGUUACAGCUGAUGGUGUAGCAGUGAUAGCAGUGCUGCAGAGAACCCUACACUACGACUGCAUUGUCCUGGUGAAACAGUUCAGGCCCCCAAUCAAUGGCUACUGCUUGGAAUUUCCUGCAGGCCUCAUUGAGGAAAACGAGUCAGCAGAAAGUGCUGCGCUUCGAGAGCUGAAGGAAGAAACUGGGUACAAGGGGGAAGUCAUUGAAUGUACUCCAGCUCUGUGCUUGGACCCAGGAAUGUCAAACAGCACAACACACAUCGUGAGUGUCAUCAUUAAUGGAGAUGAGGCUGAGAACACAAGACCUAAGCAAAACCUUGAUGAUGGAGAAUUUGUGGAAGUUGUUUCACUUCCAAAGAAUGACCUGCUGCAAAGGAUUGAUGAACUGGUAGCAGAGGAGCACCUGGCAGUAGAUGCCAGGGUUUAUACUUACGCGUUGGCUCUGAAGCGCGCAGCGGAAAAACCGCUCCAAGUUCCUUUUAUGAAGUUCUAAAACUGGACAAUGAGAAAUGGAAUUCAAAACUUCCCAAGUUGGAUGGCUUAGAAGUACAACUCUUCUUGUAAUCAAGGUCAUUUGCUUUACUUGUAGAGCAAAAAAAGUGUUUGUAGUAAUGAUUCUGGUAUUUUUAUUUCUAAUUAUGUAACUGACAAAAAGCAUUUCCUCUAACUGCUCUGUCAAGCCUUGACAGAAUAUCCAUAAUAAAAAUACUGUUUAAUUUUCA